AUGUACGUUGGCGGAAACCAAUUAUAUUUGCCGCCUGAAGAGCCCGAGGCCCCACUUCACUUCACCCCCACCCCAUCAGGCGACACAUUCACCCCCAUCCAGCAUGCCCCCCAAAACCCUCCAAAAGACGAUUUCGACGUCAACGAAUAUUUCGCGCGCCUCCAAGGAACCACCUACGUCAGCGCCCCCUUGAAUAGUCACAUCGAAACUAAUAUAGAGAAAGAGGAUAAUUUAGAAGAGAUCAAUCUUAAUGACAAAGAAAUUAAUGAUGAAGAAGCAACCCAGAGUAUAACUGCAGAUAUAGCACAGAAUUUUAGCCAGUUACCAACAGUGUUACCACAAGUCGCUAGUGCUGUAUUCUCGUCUUUCUCUAAUAUGCUGAUGAAGAGACCUGAGAAGGAGAUAGCGGGUGUCAGCGAGAUAGAUAGGGGUGUGAGCGAGAUGCAAACAGGUGUCGAGGUGCCGUUGGUGGGCGUUAGUGAGAGACCGCCACCGUUAAAGGAGCCGCCGACUUCUGGUCCUGGAAAUUUCCGUCUAACGACAAAGAAGAAAUACGCUCAAAUACCUGGCCUGAGUUCAGGAGAAUCAGCCCAAAGGCCGACUUACACACCUCCUACUUUCAACCAGCCAAUAUUUACCCCCCAGCCAGAGCCCCCAACAGAUAAUCUAACCAACAUGGUAUAA